AUGAGAUAUUUAAUCGCCUUCUUAGCCAUGCUAUUCUUUGCCACCUUUGUGGCAUCAGUUGCGAUUAUUGAUCCCGUCGUGCUCAAUCCCAAUGCGUGUGCAUAUGAUUCUAAGGAAAAGUUGUUUUCAUGGGAUAGCGAGAUCCUCAAAGAAUAUAAUAUUGCUGAUGAUGAUGAUGUCAGACUCGUGGUGGAGAAAGAAGAAGGAUUACUUGAGUUAGGAGCGGUAACUAAGCAUUGUAUUAUAUCAGCGAUUCUUUUAGGCACAUGCUAA